AUGAAAGAUUCAUAUGCUUUCCAAUAUGCAGACCGUGGAUGGAAAGACCAGCCCAUUGAAGGGAGAUAUACAAGAGACAUUCAGGACUACGAGGUACUGGUGCCACGCAAAAUCGAUCAUCAAGGUUCUUUCGUAUCCUACUCUCUGCCGCAUUUCUUUGAGCGAGAUACUUCAAGAACAAAAAGACAUGCUCGUUUGGAUCAUGAAAAAGUGCAUUAUGGUAUUCAUUUUGAUGGAAAAGACCAUUUGGUGGAACUGUGGCCCAACCACGGGUUAUUUUCACCAGGAAUGGUGCUGGAGACUCGAGCUUCGGGAGCUGCCACCGACUUGAACAAGCUGAAGAUUCGAUCUGUGGAGGAUAAGAAUUGCCAUUACACCGGAAGGAUUAAGGGAGAACAUGACUCACGGGUCGCGCUGUCUGCCUGCGAUGGGCUAGCAGGUCACAUCAAGACUAAACAGAGUCACUACUACAUCGAGCCUGUGAAAGAUCACGAACCAGAAGAGGACGGUCAACACUUACAUAUAGUCUAUAAGAGAAGCAUAAAUCAUAAUAAGAACAAACGAUCGUGUGGAACGAGUGAUGACUGGGAAACCGCAUGGUCAAACCGUUUAGAAACCGAGUACCGCCAAAGAGGACCUGAUACUGAUUUAAAAGCUGAAACUGUUCAGAGACGCGCCACCGCCCGUUCCAUGCAAGGGCAUUAUCUUGACAAGAGAUCUGGAGAAGGAAGUACCAACUACUUGGAAACAUUGGUUGUGGUAGAUAAGAAGUUCUUGCAGGCCCGAAAUGGCACCGAUUAUGAGCAAUAUAUCUUCACGGCUGUGAACAUGGCCUCUGACAUCCUGCAUGAUGACACUGUUGGAUAUCAACUAGAUUUAGUGUUAGUUCGUGUCAUAUAUCUGGAAAAGGAAGAGGAGGAAUUUGAUCUUACAAUCAACAGAGACGCUGAUGCAACUUUAACAAGUUUCUGCAAAUGGAGCAAAAGGAUGAAUCCUAUGUUAACACAUCCAAACCAUCAUGACAUAGCUGUCCUUAUUACGAAGUAUGAUAUUUGCGCAGGAUGGGAUGAUUGUGGGACUGUUGGACUUGCUAAUGUUGCGGGAUGCUGUGGGCCUGAAAGUUCCUGCGCUAUCUGCGAGGACACAGGCUUAGUUGUCGGCACCGUAAUUGCACAUGAAAUAGGACACUUGUUGGGUUCUAGCCACGACUCAGACGACGACCAUCCGCCAGUGGGACAAUGUCCAGGAGCAGUAGGCGAUUACAACAUUCAUGUUAUGGCAUCAUGGUCUCAGGUUUCACCUGCAAACUGGUCGAUUUGCAGUAGGAAAUUUAUCACCGAAUUUUUUGAGAACGGCCUAGGCGAGUGUCUUUUAGACGAACCUAAAGACCAUGAUUUUAAACUACCUCAAAUGCCUCCAGGUGUUGUGUACGACCGUGAAUGGCAGUGCAAUGACUACUACGGACCUACUAAACCUUGUGACCUGGGUCCGGAUAGAAAUUGCAAACAUCUGACUUGCGCACCUGAAGGUUCCGAUCAAUGCCGUACGAAGGGUCCACCAGCUGAUGGAACAAGCUGUGGAAAUAAUAGAUGGUGCUUUGGGGGCAAUUGCGUUGAAGUCGGCACAAGGCCAGGCGCCGUCAAUGGUGAAUGGGGAGAAUGGGGAGAGUGGUCUGAAUGUUCACGGACUUGCGGUGGUGGCGCUUCUUACGCUGAACGUGAGUGUGACAAUCCUAGACCCAGAAACAAUGGACGAUACUGCGUUGGGAAACGUCGUCGUUACCGAAUGUGCAAUACAGAGCCGUGUGACCAAAACGCGUUAACUUUCAGAGAGGUCCAGUGUAAAGAGCACAAUAAAGGUGACGUCACGUGGGUUCCACAUAGUGAUGGCAAACCUGAACACGUGUGUGCAUUGAUGUGUUUGAACAACAAAUAUGUGUUUCAGACUCUGGAACGCAGAGUGAAGGAUGGAACUCCAUGCAAGAGAGGUACUAAAAACAGAUGUAUAGCUGGAAAAUGUAGGAAUGUUGGGUGUGACUGGGUCUUUGACUCUGAUGCUGUAGAAGAUAUCUGCGGAGUAUGUAAUGGCGACGCUUCCACAUGUGAUAUCGUUGACGAAGUGUACAAAGAAAGUGGAAGAGAUUAUCAGAAAAUUGCAACUAUACCAGCGGGCGCUAGACAAAUCACGGUGGAGGAGAUGAAACCGAGCCAAAACUUCUUAGCUCUUUCUGCAGCAGAUGGGAAGACAUUUUAUCUCAAUGGAGAUCACACGAUUGACACUAACGGAGAACGAAAAGUCGCUGGAACAAUCAGUGUGUACAGUAGCGUAGAGCCUUUGAAGGAAAGUUUGGUCAUCGCGGGUCCCACUACAGAAGAUCUCAUUCUAUACAUCCUGAAUAAUGUGGAUCCGAAUCCAGGUAUACACUACAAAUACUCCAUUCCCUCAGAGUCUUCAAGUUAUAAACCGACAUUUCACUGGGAGUUCGUCGAGUGGAGCCCUUGCAGCGUUUUCUGUGGAGGAGGAACACAGUUUUCCGAACCGACCUGUAUUGAAAAAAGGGGAGGAAAAGUGUCAAAGAAACACUGCGAACAAAUUCCAAAACCUGAAGUGAGUACAAAAGUAUGCAAUGAACAGGCAUGUAAAAUCAAAUGGCGAACUGGUACAUGGAGUAAAUGUAAUGGCUGCAUUGACAACCCAGGUUAUAAAUACAGAGUUGUUCACUGUGUUAAACAAUCUCCGUUUGAAGACAGCGAAGUUAUUGUUGAAGAAGACGACUGUAAGAAACAGAAGCCUUCUAACAAAGAAUCAUGCACCAGCAACGAACCAUGUGGUGAAAGGCCUCCGAAACGUCAAGUAUAUUUGGAUGACGAAUUAGAGGAUCUUGAGGACAAUGUAUCGAGAAGAAGUGCUUCCUCAAAUUGUCAUGAAAAGAAGACGAAACAAAUUGUAAAAGAAAAUAAUUGUAAGAAACAUGGUAAGACCGAUGAAAAAUAUGGAGCAGAUGACAGCGGAGAAAGAAGCGGUGGGGACAGGAAAGGAGAAAGAAACGAAAAAAAGAUAAUCCAUGGAGGAAGAAAUAAAUGCAAGGGUAAGACUAACCCCAGGAAGACAGAAUUGAUAGUGGAUAAAGGGAAUCCUGACAAAUUAAAAUAUAUCGAAAUACCAAUGGAAGAAGACGUAAAUGAUUUUAAUUUCUCAGAAGAGGCUCUUGAGAAUGUGGGUGAUAAAGUAUCUAGCCCCAUAGAUGCGAAGAGAGUUAAAGAAUUCAAGGGAGAUGAAGCACAAAGAAAGCUACAAGAUAAAAAGAAAGAGAACGAAGAUACAGAUGAGAAACAAGACGAAAACGAAUAUGUAUAUUAG